AGCCCUCCGCGCAAUAACUGACGUGUUUUGCGCAUUUCCUGGACCAGCCUUCAGACACACACACACACGCAGUCGGGAGAAAAAGAGGCAGGUCUGCAGGAAACUGAGUACCGACGGACAAACAAGGAUCCUGGAAAAAGCAAGCGAGUACGGAACCCUUGUAAACACUGGUUCUCCUGUCUAGGGCGAACCGAAAGACGCUUUUGCGAGGAUAACUUUCCUCCCAAUGCGCGGAGGAGACACAUCCAGCGCUUCAGCCAGACGAGGGAACGGGCUGCUCACUCUGAGGAGAUCCAGCAUAUAUUUCUGGCGUAUUUUGAGGUGUGGAAUGCUGGUCGUAUCGCUGCUGAUACACUGUAGCUGUCCUUUUUCAAUCCAACUUGCAUUGCUGACUGCCUACAGCGCCGUUUGGACAGCUUCAAGAUCACAUGCAGGUUGUCCGUAGAUCAUAGCAAUAGAUUCUCUUUCUGUCCGGAGGACCUUCUACACUUUGCAUGCAGAUCCACGAGGACGAAGAAGGGCAUUUACCGUUAUUUCAUAAGGAGAAACAAUCACAAACCGGUGGACCGUGGCAAACACUGGUUGAAUAAUUAACCAGGCGCUGAAGUGGAAUAUUGUUACUAAAGCUUUCAAAAGUGGCCAUGGUGUUUUUUAACGGUCUGCUGAAGAUUAAGAUCUGCGAGGCUUUGGACCUGAAGCCCACAGCCUGGUCUCUGAGACACGCCGUCGGUCCCAAGACGCAGACCUUCCUGCUGGACACGUACAUCGCCCUCAACGUAGAUGAUUUUCGCGUAGGUCAGACCUCGACCAAGCAGAAGACCAACAGUCCCGUCUGGCACGAUGAGUUUGUGACCGAGGUGCACGACGGCCGCAAGAUCGAGCUGUCGGUGUUUCACGACGCGCCGAUUGGCUACGACGACUUUGUAGCCAACUGCACCAUUCAGUUCGAGGAAUUGCUGCAAAACGGCAGCAAACACUUCGAGGACUGGUGCACAGUACAGCAUUGGCGAACCGAAAGACGCUUUUGCGAGGAUAACUUUCCUCCCAAUGCGCGGAGGAGACACAUCCAGCGCUUCAGCCAGACGAGGGAACGGGCUGCUCACUCUGAGGAGAUCCAGCAUAUAUUUCUGGCGUAUUUUGAGGUGUGGAAUGCUGGUCGUAUCGCUGCUGAUACACUGUAG